AUGGAUUCCUACCCCCAAUCUCAGCUCAAGACCUCCCGAGGUUUCACAUACAACUACAUGCACGUGCGCGCCUCCAGCCCCAACAGCCAAACCAUCCUCUUCCUGCACGGCUUCCCAUCCUCUGUUUUCCACUGGCGCCACCAGAUCAAGUAUUUCUCGCAGAGAGGCUACGGCGUUAUCGCGCCCGAGCUUCUGGGCUAUGGGAAGAGCUCCAAGCCGCUUGACGAACAGGCGUAUACGGGGAAGGGGAUGAGUGAUGAUGUGAAGGAGAUCCUUGACCACGAGAAGGUCGGGAAGGUCGUUGGGGUUGCCCAUGACUGGGGAUCGUUUCUGCUGUCUCGCAUGGCGAACUUUUAUCCGGCGUUGUUUAGCAAAUAUGUUUUUGUGGACGUUGGAUAUUCGCCUCCGGGUCAGGGGCUCACGAGAAAGAACGUGGAGUUUAUUAAUGGGAUGGUGCAGCAGCAUAUGGGCUUCUCUGUAUUUGGCUAUUUCUUGUUCUUUGACGAGAAGGAUGCCGCUGAAAUCAUGGACAAGAAUAUCGACUCUGCAGAGAGUCUAUUCCAUACGCGGGACGAGGAGCUGGUGAAGAAGUAUAUGGGUGCACCCGGUGGGGCAAGGACUUGGUUCGAAGCUGGUAUGAUGGCGCCGAAGCCUGCAUAUCUUACUGCAGAGGACCAGGCGGAUUUCAGGAAAGAGUUCGCUCCUUCUAGAGGUGGAUUUGCACCAGCGAUCAACUGGUACAGAGCACAGUUGCACGACAUCAAUGCUGGCGACGAAAAAGGUAUAUUCCCCCCCCGCGCUAAUAUACUCUUUCGAUCACUGAUGCUGGAAGCAGAAAUCCCACAGGAAAACUACAAGCUUCAGCAGCCCACCCUGUUGCUCACGGGGAAUAAUGUCAUCACUGCAAGCGCUGAUUUCCCAAAGCAGAUGAAGCCGAACGCACCUCAUCUGGAAGUGAAGAAUCUUGAUGCAGGCCAUUGGAUUCAGCUGGAGAAGCCCGAUGAGACAAACGAAAUAUUGGGGGCGUUUUUUGAAAAGUGA